UAUCACGUCAAUAAUUAUGGUGAAGCGAGUCAGAUAUAUUGAGAGAGGAGAAGUAUAAGACUGAUGGUCAGUAUGCUAUGAACACAGCAUAGACAGUCUUUCACUUACUGUGUAUUCGUUGUCCUCGAUCACCAUGGCUCCAGUAGCACUACCCAUCCACACAGAUAUCCAAGAAAAGGAUACCGUCCCUCAAAAGAAGGAUACCCUCGGUCUACCAGAACCAGCGAGGCGAAGGCUAGAGAAGGCUGGCAUCGACCUCUCCAAUGGAUACCCCCACAGACCAGCGAGGCCCCUAUACCUCGACGACGUAUACAAGAUCCGUAAUUAUGAUGUUGAUUUCGUAGACCCUGGUUCCCGAGCAGACCCAGAGAAGAAAGCUUUAUUCGGAGCCGCGAAAGAAGUCAUUCAUCUCACUGCACACAUUGGCACGGAGAUUGUUGGGCUCCAACUCAAGGAUCUUACCGACCAACAAAAGGACGAGCUCGGUCUUUUGAUCGCUGAGAGAAGUGUUGUGUUCUUCCGUGAUCAGGACAUAUCACCUCAAGAACAGAAGAAACUUGGUGAAUGGUAUGGAGAGAUUGAGGUCCACCCCCAAGUUCCUCAUGUCCCUGGUGUUGAAGGAGCAUCUGUCAUAUGGCCUGCACUGCAGGCUCUGGAACGUCCAGCCAGUUUCAGGCAAACUGGUGGAGCAUCCCGAUGGCACACAGAUCUUGUGCAUGAAUAUCGUCCAGCAGGUGUGACCCAUCUGCACAACGACACCAUUCCCAAGAUCGGCGGUGACACCUUGUGGGCUUCAGGAUAUGCUGCGUACGAGAAGCUUUCCCCUGACUUCCGUAAGAUCAUAGAUGGCAAGCAGGCCGUCUAUCGCAGUGCACACCCGUACCUAGACCGCAACGACCCAAGUGCUGGACCACAGUGGGUUGAACGCACGCACCCGCUCGUUCGUGUUCAUCCUGCUACAGGCUGGAAGGCAUUGUGGGUCAACAGGGCCAUGACGGAUAGAAUCGUGGGACUGGACAAGGCUGAGAGUGACGUGAUCCUCAACUACCUGUACGAUGUGUAUGAGAAGAACGUCGAUAUUCAGGUUCGCUUCAAAUGGACGAGUGGAAGUUCGGCAUUGUGGGACAACCGCAUUACGAUCCAUAACGCGAGCUGGGAUUAUGAGGGUAACGAGCCUAGGCAUGGCACAAGAGUGACGGCGCUGGCUGAGAAGCCGUUUUUCAAGGCAGAUGCACCCACGAGGCGGCAGGCGCUGGGGCUUGCUGGGCCAGAGGAUAUCUGAUAGAUCAAGGUAUUCUGCGGUUGAUACAAGGAUUAACGGCUUGUUAUACAAACCUAUGUAUCAAAUAUAUUUCGUCGGUGCGCAUAUGUAGACCUUUCUUGAACAAUAGGCAUCAGCUGAAAUUAUUGUAUCAUGUAGAGUUCAAAAGACGCUGUACGUGACCGAGAAGAUGGUGAUGAUGUAAGGAAAACAGUUGAGAGUCGUGAUCACAGCAGUUCGUAUGUGCACGCAUAAUUUAGAAACGACAA